AUGAGCGCUGGCCUAACCCCCACAAGCUGCGCCAGGGUGUGGGGGGAUCCUGAGCGCGGGUGGGCGGGGGCUAGAGGCAGCACCCCCCACCCCCAAGCCCGGCGCGCCGCGGCCGCCCGCCGCCUCCAUCCGGGCCUCUCCCCACCUCCCGCCCGCCCGCCCCCGCCCGCGCCCCUCCCCCGCCGGCGCGCACUGCGCCCGCCGCCCCUCCUCCGCCCGCCCGCCCGUCCUCCGCCCGCUCUCCCUGGCUCCCUCCCGGUCUCUCUUAAGUGCCAUCGAGGGGCGCCGGGAAUUGCAGCCAGUAAAUCGCGUCCCACCACUCAGCAGCGGGGCCACCGCAGCGGCGCCGCCCGCGCCCGCCGGGAGCCCGCGCCGCCCGGGCGCCUCUCCAGGGCCCGCGAGGCCCGCCCCCCACCCGGCGCCGCGCUGCGCAGGGCCUGCCCCCGGGCCGGCCGGGGCGCACGGGGCCCGCGCUGGAGGCGAGGACGCGGCGGCCGCGGGGCGCACGGCCCGGAGCGCGCGGCCCGCGCCCCCGCGCGCCCUGCCCGCGCCCGCGCCCCGCGCUCCGGAGCCCGGCCCCACUGCCCGGGCUCUCCUGCGGGACGGAUGCCGGCCCUCCGGCCGCCAGGACCACUCAUUCCCUGCUGCCUAAGGACCUUUGCCCGGGCCGUGCCCUCUGCCUGGAGCUCUCUUCCAGCUUCAUCACAUGGCUAUUUCCUGUCUGUUCUUCAAGCCUCAGCUCAACUGUCCUGGACCUCCAAGACUCAGGGUCUCCAUUAUACAUUCCCUGUGCACCUGCCAUGCUUUCUUACUAAUGUUUAUUGCGGCUGUUACCAAAGGAUUAUUUACAUCAUGAUUCGUUUUUUAUCCAACACCCCCAUGGAACCAUAGGCUCCAUGACAACAGGGACCCUGUCUUUCUCGUUUGCCAACUUGGGCUCAAUAUCUGGCAUACGAUAAAGGCUCAAUCACUGUGAAAUGGGUGGAUGAUGUGUUAAGGUAAGGCUUCCUGGAGGAGGUGGCAUUUGAA